CACCGCGCAAGUAAUUGUCGUUCCGAACGGAGCACGUCUCGCGCUUGCUUUCCGAGAAAUCUUAAUCACGCUCCCCCGAAGCCCGAAGGUGGUUUUUAAAUCGAGGGAAUCCAGCCGAGGGGAGUCGAGGAGAGCGGAUGAUCGCGCGUGCGCGACUGUCAGAUCGCUGACGCAAGGGAGUACGUCAGCUGUUUUGUUAGACUUUCGCGGCGGAUAGACGUGCGUGUGCGUCCGUCGUCGUUGCCGUCAUCGUCAUCGUCGUCGUCGUCGUCGUUGUCGUUGUCUUCGUCGUCACCGUUGUUGCCGUUGUCGGGAAUACUGUUGACUUGGAGGGGCAUCUUUCUCUCGCGCAACUUUCGUCGUCGCACGGCAACGGGCUCUCGCGCACCUUUGUUCGCCGUGGUUUGCCGUACGCGCGCGUGAGAAGGACUGCGUGCGCGUUUCCGGGCGAUUCUGCGUGCGACGGAGUCGUGCGGACGCGUUCGCGACAAUCGCGAUUCGCGUGUGCCGUAAUCGGACUUGCAUCGCGCUCACGUUCGGAUAUCCCUCUUUCAAUUCGGGUGUUUUCCCGAUUGAUCCCGCGGGACCUUGGCCGUAGGUUUUACGCGUGGGAGACCGUGGCUACCUACCGAAUGCGACAGGAUCGGGACGUUCUCGCCCGCUCGCAGUGAUAGCUAUAUUGUGAUACAUCGACGGAGAGAGAGAGGCAUAGAGAGAGAGAGAGAGAGAGAGAGAGAGAGAGAGAGAGAAAGCAAAGAGAGAAAGAGGCGCGUAGAGUGAAGACAUGGCACAGCCGACGAGCAGCGCGUUACGGGCGCUCGCCCUGGAGUACAAGAGCUUACAGGAGGAGCCCGUCGAAGGCUUCCGCGUCAAGCUGGUCAACGAGGACAACAUGUUCGAGUGGGAAGUCGCGAUCUUCGGUCCGCCCGACACUCUCUACCAGGGCGGAUAUUUCAAGGCACACAUGAAAUUCCCACCGGAUUAUCCGUACAGUCCACCGAGCAUUCGUUUCAUGACAAAAGUUUGGCAUCCGAAUGUAUAUGAGAACGGUGAUCUGUGCAUAUCAAUUCUGCAUCCACCCGUAGAUGAUCCACAGAGCGGUGAGUUGCCUUGUGAGAGGUGGAAUCCGACUCAAAACGUCAGGACUAUCUUGCUGUCAGUGAUCUCGUUGCUGAACGAGCCCAACACGUAUAGUCCAGCCAACGUUGACGCAUCCGUAAUGUAUAGACGUUGGCGCGAUUCCAAAGGAAGAGACAAAGAAUAUGAAAAUAUUAUAAGGAAACAAGCUCAAGCUGCCAAGAUGGAAGCCGAAAAGGAAGGUAUUGUCGUGCCUGUAACUCUGGAGGAUUAUUGCAUAAAGACUCGAGCGAGGCCGGCCGAACAACAACUAGAUAUGACGGACUUCUACGAUGACGAGUACGAGUUGGAUGAUGAUGAGGAUGAGCAGUUGAGCGCGACCGAUUACGAAGAUGGUGAUGAUAGUGGUAAUGGGGAAUCGUGAUCCAUUUCUUAAAUGAUAAUAAAAACCCGCGAAUCGCUAAUUAUUAUAUAUCAGUUCUGUAUAGAUUAAUAAAUUAACGAGCUUCUAAACCGGACGAUCUCUGUUUUUCCUUCUGGAUAUCAAAGUUUAAAUAAGUAUUUUUUUUAAUCGAAAAUUAAUAAAAUACUCUAAGAAAAAUUUAAAUAAGAUUACGAAUAUGUCUCUCUUAAGCCAUCGUCAAUCAUUGUCAUUUAUGUUUUUUUUUUAAACAAAUCUAUAUGUAUAGCCUAUUCAAACUUUAUAUAUAAACAAAAAUGUUUAUGAUUUCUAAAAGUUCUAUUGUUGAAUAAGAUAUUCUAUUUAACGGUGGUUUAUGAAAGAUAAUAUUCUUCAACUCUCGCAUUACCAAAGUAUUUGUUGGACAGCGAAAACCGUAUCAUUAUGUAAUA